AUCUUAUAUUUCAGAUCAAACAAACCGACUCUCUCUAUAAAUAGGCCCAUGAAGUUUAAGAAGAGAGUGUUUGUCGAGUAAAUCGAACAGAAGAAUCGAAUCAUCGACACUAGCUGCUUCACUCACUUGGCUGGUCAAGACGUACGGAGGAGCUUGAUGGUCCCCAACGCAGGACAUCUCAGGUAUUCUAAACAUCAAUCUUCUAGUUAUGCCAAUGACCAACAUGGCUACCUCAAAUUUGAUUCUUAUCUCACUACUGUCGAUGGCAGCGACGAUGACUACCGUCGAUGCUCAGUGCGGAUCUGUCACCCUUGUCAACAUCAGCUACACAGAGGAUUUCGUUUACGUCUACGAAGGACGCCAGGCAAACUUCACAUUGACCAUUGAUGACGUGGUUAGCGAUGGGAUCCUCUCUUUCAGGUCAGAUAGCCCACGUCACUUCGAGUUGAAGGACCCGGAAGUGACCUUUAACCUGUCAGUGGGUGGAGGUUAUCCAAUGAACAUCACUUCGACUAUCAUUGGAAAUGUGAUAUCGAUCGAGGAAAUGGAAAUAUUAUUUACCCCUGAAGGCUCAAAUGGCGUCAUAGUUGUCGGUUCUCAAAGCGUAGGCGUCCGUCGUAUUCCAAACGUUCUGCAAUUGAUUUACAUCUACACUCUACUUGCAUGGGUAGUGAUAAGCUACAUAUCUAUGGGUGGCAGCAUGGAUCUCAAAGCAAUCUGGGAGAAAGUUCGACGCCCUUAUGGUAUCCUGAUUGGUCUGUUUUGUCAGUUCAUCAUCAUGCCUGCUCUUACUUACGCCGUUGCCCGUCUCAUUACUGAUGAGCCUACAGCAGCAAUUGGUAUCGUCUUGGUCGGCACAUGUCCUGGCGGAUGGUUAAGUAAUAUCUUCAGCGUUCUUCUCGAUGUCGAUUACACCUUGAGCGUGACCAUGACAUUCUUCUCCUCCAUCAUCGCGCUCGGUAUGAUGCCCCUCAAUCUCCUCAUCUACGCCACGCCCUUUACUGGUGGUGACGCACGACUUGGCACACCAUAUGUCGACCUCGUCCAGCAGCUCGUCAUCCUCAUCCUACCCGUCUUCCUCGGUAUAGGCCUCUCCUAUAAAUUCAAGAAAUUCAGGAAGUUUUGUGAUAAAGUCAUUAAACCGAUCUCAGCCCUUCUCAUCAUAUGUGGAGUGUCGCUUGGUGUUCCAGCAGACCUCUAUGCCUACACCACGUCACCACUUGAGAACUGGAUCGCCAGUAUAAUCACCCCAAUUUGCGGAGCAUUCUUCGGUCUCGCCUUAGCUCGUAUCUUCGCUCGCGAUGUCCGGACAUCGAUCACCAUCUCGUUGGAGACAGGUGUUCAGAAUGCUCUCCUUGGCCGUACCAUCGUCGCGCUCUUCUACCCUCAACCGGAGGCUGAUCUCAUUGCUCGAGUUCAACUCACAUUUGUCAUGGUGACCCUCGUCGAAGGAACGCUGGCGUCUAUCAUCUAUUCGUUAUUCAGGUAUCUAUGUUGUCGCAAGCAGUGUGAUAAGAUGAUGCCGAAAGAGGAUGAAGUCAAUGAUGAGGAGGCUGUGGUAGUCGAUGACAUCGACCCCAAAAUUGGUCUUGAGAGCAAUGGUAACACGCCCAACCCAGUCGGAGUUGAGAAUUCGGGCUUUGAGAUGUCUGACAAUUAGGCCGAUGAUGUCUAUAUCCAGCUAAUAUAUAUAUUCAAUUCAAUUUAUUUUCAUUCUUCAACAUAAUACAAAUAAAUACAAGACAAAUUAAUUCAA